AUGACUACGGAAAAGAAGCGCAAGCUGCCUCCUCGUGCCGCGGCGAGGUCUGAGCAGGCCGCCAAGCGAAGACAAACCGACACGCCUCCGACCUCGAGAAAGUCUUCCACUCCAGCGCCCGCGCCCCAAAAGGAGCCCGAGCCCGAGUCCGCUGUGGAGGAGCCGCCCAAGCAGACAUUGCCCAGCUCCGUCACAGCAGGGAAGCCGCUUCCUACCGUCGAGGAACCGCAGCCGGAAGAUCUUUCGACCAAGGACUAUCAGACUCUGCAAGAAAGCGGCGUUCUCCACGAGUCCUUUGUCCGAUCGCGUAACCAAUGGAUGACCGAGCAAAUAUUCGAAAAGUACUGGACGAAGCCGAUAAAGAAGAGGGGUGCCGUCAUCGAGGAACCCAACAAUCCUCCCAAGGACAGCAUGGUUAAGCUGGGCCAGGUGACAAUCACGGUUGAGCCACAUGUCUUCGAGGCGACAAUGUUCGCGGUCAAGGACCCCAACCCUCCUCCGCCAAAACCACCAACCGAGAAGCGACCGAUCCUCGAAUACGGACCUCCGAAUGGGGUCAUGCCGCCUCCUCCUACACCCAAGCCCAAGUCAGUGGUGGCCUCAACCUCGUCAACACCUACGCCAGCUGCAUCAGACGCCAAGAAACCGAUCACAACAGAGGCGGAUCCAAAGGUCACCUCUCAGACAACACAACAAGCGGAGGCCAAGCCUCAAACACCAGGAAAGCUAGCAGUACACCCGACGUCACAGACACAGCCGACCAAACAACCAUCCGCGCAAAGUGCUCCUAGUCCAGCUGCUGCGGCCCCAUCCACGCUCGCGAAGCCCGCUGGAACGCCUAGAGGCAUCGAAUCACUUCUUUCACCAUCUCCGUCCUUGGCGGCUCCGCGGGCCCCAACCACAGCACCAGUUGCUGGUGCGCAACCACCCCGACCAGUGCCCGUCCCACCAACCGUUCCACCAAGUGCUGCGACUCCGGCCACCCCCUCAAUACCAUCUGGUGUCCCCCCAAGACCAGCAACAGGGGCUCCAGCAGCUCCAGCAGCUCCAGCCACGCCAAGAACCACUGCCAAUGGCGCCGCACCAGCCAAGCCAGCUGCGGGGGCAGAUCCAAUCAUUCUCAUGCUAGCCGAGAAGGCUGGCGAAGACCCUCAACUCCGAGAUCUCAUGAAGCGGGUGGCCCAGGGGGAGGCCUCCAAGCAGGAACUCGAGCGAUUCCAGGGUAUCAUUGACGCCAUCACGUCAGAGAGCAAACGGCAAAGCAACAUUCCGGCGCCACCAGCUGCAGAUAAGUUGUUUGUCGAUGGAAAAACGGUUCAGUACUUUGCGGACGAGGUAGCUGCAAUACUUGACAUUGUUCUAGCAUCCAACCCCAAGCAAAAGUCAUCUACUUUACAGCCGCCCAAAGACAGCGAUGCUCUCCUGGUCUCGUUAGUAAAGAUAGCUCUGGACGAUGAAAAGACGAAGGAAAUGGUCCGGCGUAUAGCCCACAACAAGCCUCAACCCGCCGAUGCCACGGAUCUUAAGGCGAUUCUGGACCUCGCGCAUUCUAACAUUGGCACUAAAAAGAACCAACAGCAACGACGUCAAUCAACGGUCUCGGCAGCGGGAUCUUUGAAACAAACCAACGGCGCGAGCAAGAAGGCCGAAAAGGCCACAAAGGAGAAGGGAGAGAAAGCCGACAAGCCAUCUGCCCAACAGGCGCUUCGUUCAAAGGGCCCCCCGCCGCCGCCCAAACAACCUGAUUAUUCGGCCAUCGUAUUCGAGUUUGCGGGAGGAAACGGUGAUCGGUACCUCUUUCCAAAGUUCAGCAUUCUGGAUUAUCAGACUAUUCCCAGUAGCAGCGCUAGCAGUACCCAAGGACAGCAUCAACAGCAGCAGCAACAGCAGGUGGUGGCGUCAUUCCUUAUCAUCAGGAGGGGAAGCAAAGCAGUAUAUCCGAUGGCGGACCCGGAGCUUGAUUACUACCAGCCCAUAACUAUAAGGUUGUUUACGGCGGCUCCCAGUGGCAAACAUGUGCUGGAUAAUUUGGCAAGAGUAGUGGCGCCGGAGGAGGAGGUCAAGAGGUACAUGGACGAUAUCAUGGAUACCAUGCAACGAAGCGAAUACGUUCUACUAGCCAUGAGGCUGCCCAGGCCCACUGAGACGGCAGAGAACGGCGAAGGAGAAGGAGAUAAGGCGCAGGACGGGGCCGCCGCAGCCGGGUCUGGAAAGGGACAACACGCGAAGGAGAAAGACAAGGACAAGGAGCUGGUGAUGAUUGAUGCUCCAUCAAGAGCAGAAGAAGCGGCGGCGGCGGAACUGAAAGCGCCAAAGGCGGCAAGGACGGGGGGAGUGUUGUGGACGACGGCAAACAAGCAGAUACCCAAGCCGGAGAUUAGGGAGCUUCCACCGAGGCGGAAUGCGAGAAUUAUGCUGGAGACCACGGAGGAUGAACAGUACCAGAGUUUCAUUCAGACGGUUACCAGGAAGGAUAAGGAGGUGGUCAGGUGAUUGUUCUUCCUGGAGGAGCGCUGUAUUAUGUAGAUAGUUUUGUCUGUCUGUCUCUGCCAGGAGUUGACUUUUACUUGGCCGUGUCUACUAGGUAUUAAUGGACUAGUUGAUAGUCAAC